AUGAUGAUGUGGUCCAACUUCCUCAUGCACGAGGAGGACCGCCGGCGGCGAGCUCACGGGGCGCGCAAGACCAGGAUGACCCCUGAGCACGAGGGGAAGAUCAAGCUGGCCCUGCUGCUGACCUCCGUGGGUGCCACGCUGGCAGUGCUGGCCGUGGGCACCGAGUUCUGGGUGGAACUCAACACCUACAGGGACAACGGCAGUGCCGUCUGUGAUGCUGCCCACCUGGGGCUCUGGAAGAUGUGCACCAAGCGACUGUGGCAGGCGGACGUGCCCGCCGGCAGAGACACCUGCGGCCCAGCGGAGCUGCCCGGAGAAGCAAACUGCACUUAUUUUAAAUUCUUCACCACGGGAGAGGAUGCUCACAUCUUCCAGAGAACCACAAAGAAAGAGGUAAAUCUGGCAGCUGCGGUGAUAGCAGUGCUAGGCCUGGCAGUCAUGGCCCUGGGGUGCCUCUGUAUCAUCAUGGUGCUCAGCAAAGGUGCAGAGUUCCUGCUCCGCGUUGGAGCCAUCUGCUUUGGCCUCUCAGAGAAACUUCCUGAGAAAGUGAUAUUUAAGCUGACAAUCAAAGGAGGAACAGAAAUCAUCCAGUCGGAAUAUGGAGUUGACAGCAGUGGUGGCAGCGUUGGUGAUGUUUGUUGUUGUGGUGGUGAUGAUGGUGAUGCCCUUGAUAUG